CAACCUUGAUAACAGUGUGCUGAGAGCUGAGUGCUGAGUGCUGGAGCAUAGGUGAGAGGACAGAAGCAAAAUCCUUUCAGCAUGAGAGACCCACUCACAAACUGUUCCUAUAAUCAAGUGUACAAGAACCUAAAGGAGUUUUCUCAAAACGGAGAGAAUUUCUGCAAGCAGGUCACAUCUAUUCUUCAGCAAAGAGCAAACUUGGAGUUUAACUAUGCCAAAGGACUUCAGAAACUGGCAAUCAAGCUGACCAAAGCACUACAGAGCACAAAGAAAAACUGUACCGUCAGUGCCUGGGCCUGGGUCUCAGAAGGCAUGAAAUCUGCAGCAGACCUUCAUCAAAAACUUGGCAAAGCAAUUGAGUUGGAAGCAAUAAAACCAACUGAUCAAGUCCUGAGUGUACACGAGAAGAAGAGAAAAUCACUUGAUAAUGAAGUUGAAAAGACGGCAAAUCUUUGUAUUAAUAACUGGAAUCAACAAAUGAAGGCCAAAAAGAAAUUAAUGGUGAGUACCAAGAAGCAUGAAGCACUUUUCCAUCUUGUAGAAAGCACCAAGCAAACCAUGACUGAGAGGGAGAAGCAGAAGCUCCUCAAUAAACUGAAAAAAUCAACUGAGAAGUUGGCAAAAGAAGAUGAAAAUUACUACCAAAAAAACAUAGCUGGCUGUUCUACCAGACUGAAAUGGGAAAACACACUAGAAAACUGCUACCAGGUAACCCACGGCAUCUACCUAUAUGCCUUUUGGACUAAAAAAGCCUGGCAAAAGUGUAGACACCAAAUCACAUUCCUGUCUUGGGAAUCCCCCGCACCGCAGUUUGGAUAUAAUGUAAUCAAGAGGCACAAACGUGACAGUUCGCUCAGGCUUUCUUUGUGUAUGUCAAGCAUCCUGGAGCUGGAAAAGGAAAGAAUUCAACUUUUAUGCAAUAACUUAAACCAGUACACCCAACAUAUUUCUGUUUUUGGCCAAACCCUGACCACAUGCCAUGCACAGAUUCACUGUGCCAUCAGCAAGAUAGAUGUUGAAAAAGAUAUCCAGGCUCUAGUAGAAGAAACUGCCAUUUCGUCUACAGAAAAUAAAUCUGAGUUCCUACUGACUGAUUACUUUGAAGAAGAUCUUAACAAUGCAAUGAAUAAAGAGCGACAAGAGUCUUCAAUAAAAUCAAAACUGUCGAGGCUGCAAAGAGACAUUGAAAAAACCUCCAGAGACCGGGAAGGCCUGGAACGAAUGUUGAAAGCAUACUCAAACCACUCUUCCUUCUCAGACCCAGAGAGCCAGAAAAACACAGCGGCCUUAAUGGAUGAGACCAAUGUGAAAUUAGACCUUUUGCAAGCAAACUCCUAUAAACUGUUAUCAGUGUUAGCAGAACUUAAGCAAAGACCUCAACCCAGCCAUUCCUGUAGUAACUCCAUCUUCAAGUGGAAAGAAAAGCAGCAGACACAUAGUUAUGUAAAACUGUCUCGGCCUUUUCUGAUGAAGAGAUCAGAGAAUGUUGUGAGCAGGGAACCUUCCGGCGAGCAGAACAAUCCAAAUUCUCCAUCUACAGCCUCCAGUGUGGCCCAGCACGGCAAUAAUCUUUGCAAGGCCUUAUAUCCUUUUCAAGCCAGGCAAGAUGACGAAUUGAAUUUGGAAAAAGGUGACAUUGUGACUCUACACCAGAAAAAAGGAGAAGGAUGGUGGUUUGGAUCUUUAAAGGGAAAAAAAGGCCAUUUUCCUGCUGCGUAUGUGGAGGAGCUCCCUUCCAAUGCUGGGGACACAGGCAUAAGACAAGGUUCUCAACGCGCCACCUUACACACUCUGUAAACUAGAUAGUGUGAUGCAAAUAAAGAUAAAAGCUAUGAUUUUUA